AUGAUUAUACUUCAAGCAGAUACGCACAGGAGUAAAAACGCAGACCUGCUAAUGGAGCAGAUGGUCUUAGAAAAAGGAGUUCAAGCAGUAUUGAUAAGCGAACAAUAUCCUCAAUCCGAGAAAGCUUGGAUCGAAGACGAGUCGGGAACUGCCGUCAUCAGGCUACCUAGGGGCACAAAUUUCGUAAUAACCCCGAAAGGAUCUGGCGAUGGUGUCGUCUACGUUCAAAACAGCCAAUUCACAAUGACAAGCUGUUAUCUUACACCGAAUGACAAUAUAGAUGAAAGACGACUAAUAAUAGCGGGAGAUUUAAACUCAAAAGCAACCGAAUGGGGCUCGGCGACAACGAACUCAAGAGAUAAACGAGUGCUGGACAUGGCAGCCAGACUAGGUUUAGUGGUGCUCAACACAGGAACGACUACGUACCGAAAGCCAGGUUGCGAAGGCACAACACCCGACAUACCCCUAGCAUCGGAAAGCACAGUCACCUUUACUAAAGACUGUAGAGUCCUGGAAGACUACAAUGGGAGUGACCAUCAAUACAUCACGUUAUGCAUUGAAAUGGAAACCCAAAGAGUGCGUGAAAAUCGAAAUAAAAGUACACGCAAAUGGAACAUAAACAAGCUAAACCCAGCGACGCUCCUUGCGACUAUUGACGAAAAUAAAACGACGAUCUACACGAAUAGUACAGCAAAAACACUAGUCAAGGCAACAAUGCAAUGCAUUACGAUAGGUUGCAAUGCAUCUAUGCCUAAAAUAGAUAAGAACAAAAAAAGAAAUGCUGUACACUGA